AUGGAAAACGACGGCUCCAAUUUAUAUGCGUCGUCGAGUGACUGGUUUGACAACCUGGACUCUGAACAAGUUCCAAAUGAUGGGAACCUCUUCGGCGCAUUCACGGGAGACAGCAUCGACGGAUCUUUUCCUUUGGUGCCGUACAACCCUUUGCAAUAUUCCCCAGCGGAUGGUUUCUACGACCCGCAUCCAGUGCAAGAACAACCGAACCAUGGCACCUCUCACGGCCGGCUUGUGGGAGAGAACAUAAACAUACUUGACCCUGGUGUCCUGCCUGAUUACCUUGAAGGCUUUCCCGACAUUUCCCAUGCAGCAUUUUUGCCCGAGAAUAUCCAGAGCGCAAGCGACUCCGCUCAGGUUCCUUACCAGGUCUACAAUGAGUUCGGCAAUCUGCCAAUGGAGUACACUUACCAAGAUCAGGCGUCUUCACACCCUGAGCCUGCCCAGGCACUCGCAGGUCCAUCCCAGAUGACAGCCCUUGCACCUGCCGAGCCAACACCUAUCCCGCUAGCGGUUUACAAACCCCAGCAACCUUUUCAGCCGUACAUUCUGGUCCAAUUUCGCCAGAACGGACGACCCUUCGUGAGGGUGAAAGACGUAAUGGGAGGUCGCUGCGAGGGAUUGGAGAGAUCCAACGAAAUUGCCUUUUCAUGGGAGCAAACAACGAAUCCGAAGAUGUCCCUUCGGAUACUGUGGCCAAGGCCCGAGACGGGCGGCGUUUAUGAAGACUACAACAACCAGAUCACUCUAAAGAAUGCGGGUGGAAGCGUGGUUUCGACGGCAAAGGUCGUGCAGAAAGUUGCCGUGAUAGUGCAAAAAUUCGUAGAGAAAAAUCGUGGAGUCGAAUAUGGUGACCCGCAGUGGAAACUUGGACCUGGAUAUAUCUUGUUCGAUGACAUCGUCCUCUAUGGGUUGAUACGCGUAGCCAAAUCCAGCAUUGUGCCCGUGCUUGGACUACUGCCAGUGAGGUCUGGAGUCGAUGCGGUCUAG